AUGGCCACUGGCAAGAUCCGUCAGCCUUCCAAAGGGGCUGAUGGAUUCCAGAGCAGAGUGGCAACAUCUCUUAAUCGGAAGCUGGUCGGAGCGGCAGAGAAGCCUCUGACUGUCAAUACACGCUAUGGCCAGCACACUGCUUCUGCCCUCAUGAAGAAGUCUCUCAGCACCGAGCAGAGGCUGGUCACCACUCGGGAGGUGAAGCGGCCCCGAAUUACCCAGCUUCGAGACAUGAGUGAAGCCUCCCAUCACAAGUUCUCAGCAGUUGACCUGCAACGGAGCUUGUUCCAGCCUUUCCCAUUGGAGGUGGUAUUUCAGAGCUAUGUCCCCCAUAAGGACUAUGAAAUGCCUCUGAUUCUGAGAAACAACGACAAGGUUCCUCGGCUGGUGAAGGUCAUGAUGGAGACCUCACCACAUUUCAAGUUGGUCGGUCACAAUGUCGUGUGGCGUAAGGUAGCACCUGGCAUGACUUCAACUUUCCGCAUCCUUUUCACCCCUGAGGAGAACAAGGAUUAUUUCCACCAGCUCACCUGCAUCACAGAAAGGGAAAAGUUUAUUGUGCCAAUUCGAGCUAUAGGUGCUCGAGCUGUCCUGGACUUCCCUGACCAGCUGCACUUCUCCAUCUGUCCAGUCAACUACAGCACUCAGAAAACACUGCUGAUUCGCAACGUUGGUAAUCGGGAGGCCCGCUACCGCAUCAGCACUGAGAGCCCUUUCUCUGUCGAUCCCUCCAUUGGGAACCUUGGGAUUGGUGAAGCGUCACAAGUAACAGUGGAGUUUCACCCGCUGAAAAUCGGGGAUCAUUCCGGGUCCCUGGUAGUUCACUAUGACACAGGUGAAGAUAGCUGCACAAGCCUUUAUGGAUCAGCUGUAGAUGUCAGCGUUGGGCUGAAGAGGAGCUUCUUGACAAUUGAGAAGACUUACCUGACUAUGGCAAACUGCAGCUCUGUGGUCCUCCACAAUCAAAGUGGAAUUACAGCCCACUUCCAGUGGAAGGCUGUUGCUACUCGGGAACUGGAAGAUCAGCAAAAGCUGAGGCUGUGCCACAGGCUGCAGAGGCGGGAGAAUGAGAUGGAUUCUUUCCUCAAGGAGUGCACGGGGGUCCCCACUCUCCGAGAACACGCUCGCCUUCUCUCCCGCAGCUUCCAGAACCAGAGGGCAAAAGUGCAAGGAGACUCCAUGCUUUUCUCAAACGAUGUUUUCACCAUUGACCCAGUGGAGGGAGAUGUCUUGCCAAAUUCUUCGGUUGAAAUUAAUGUGAUCUUCAAACCCCGAGAAGCCAGAGUCUAUCAACAAACGGUCUACUGCGACAUUUCAGGCCGUGAAGCCAGGCUGCCCCUCCACAUCAAAGCGGAGGGCAUAGGGCCCCGGCUCCGCUUCAGCUUGGAGCAGCUGGACAUUGGGAAUGUUUUUUCUGGAUCAGCCCACAGCUAUGAGGUGAUCCUGUUUAACAAAGGAGCCAUCGAUGCUCCCUUCAGCUUGAUACCUCCAAGUACAGCUCUGGGCUCCUGCUUCACCUUUCUCCCCUGGAAGGGCAUUAUUUCACCAGAUGGGCUCCAGGUCAUCAAGAUCUCCUUCAGUUCCACCAUCCUGGGGAAAUUCACAGAAGAAUUCAGGUUCAGGGUGAAUGGAUCCUCUGAGCCUGUGACUUUGACUAUCAGGGGCUGUGUCAUUGGACCAACUUUUCAUUUUGAUGUACCUUCUCUCCACUUUGGUGACGUCUCGUUUGGCUUUCCUCGCACAUUGUCCUGUCGCCUCACUAACACCUCCUCGAUGCCCGUGACCUUCAACCUUCGCAUUCCUGGGGACGGCAACGGAGAGCACAGUGCCACCAGUUCUGUCCUGAUGGCAGGAAACACUCACCUGUCCCGGAGAAGGGGAGCUCAAGGGUAUAUCAGGCCAACUGAAUUUACCAUAACUCCCUGCAGAGGGACCAUCCGCCCCCAGGCAUUCUUGGAUAUCCAGGUCACUCUAUGUUCCAAUACUUUGAAGAGUUACAAACUGCCACUGGUGGUGGACGUGGAGGGUGUUGGCAAGAAGGUGUCAUCAUUGCUCCUCACAGCCAGGGCAUAG